CAGAGCAGCAGGCGGAGGUGAAAGGUCACGCUGCUUUUGGGCGGCCAUUUCUCGUGGUCGGAGCUCGGGUAGGCGCGUUCCAGGCACAAGGGACGGAGUAGAGCCGGGUCGGCGGCGAGUAGCCUGCAGCAUUUGCUCGUGGUCGCGAUGAGUUUGCCCCUCAAUCCCAAACCUUUCCUCAAUGGAUUAACAGGAAAACCAGUAAUGGUGAAACUUAAGUGGGGAAUGGAGUACAAAGGCUACCUGGUAUCUGUAGAUGGCUAUAUGAACAUGCAGCUUGCAAACACAGAAGAAUACAUAGAUGGAGCCUUGUCUGGACACCUGGGUGAAGUUUUAAUAAGAUGUAAUAAUGUCCUUUAUAUCAGGGGUGUUGAAGAAGAGGAAGAAGAUGGAGAAAUGAGAGAAUAGCAUCUUUUGUUGGAAAUUUUUUUUUUAUAUAUAUUUCUAGACAAUAAAAAUUUGUUUUUUCAACUUGA